GAAGUGCGCUCUAGGCUUUUUAGUAUGGACGCGUUCUCUUGAUGGUCACGCGCUGUAGAUUUGCCGUACGCGCGAGCGUCAUUCCAAAAGAAAAUGAAUGCGGAUUGAAGCGGCACGCGGGGAGAGCGUUUGUUUUGCGCUGUAAACGCGAGACGAAUAUGGGCAGUUGAAACCUCAGGAACGAGUGGAAACGAAACGAAUGGUUACUUCAUUCACCUCGCCAAACUGUUACUGUUAGCGGACUGAGAGAAGUUAAAGGGGCUUUUUCAGCCUCACCACAGUAACAGGAUCUUGAGGGGCGCUGCGUGCUGCUAACGAGCUACAUGGGACAUACUUUGAAUUAUUUAAUUGCGGCUCGCGCAAGUGCGAAUUGAGAAUAAUGACGCGCAGAUGGUAGACUAAAGCGCGUUCAUGGAAAACGGACAUAUUUGUGUUUGGAAAGGCAAAAACUGACACUGUAUCGAGCGUGUUUGGCCCCUCUCGUCAUGCGGCGGUGGGGGAGGAUCGGAGCAGGGACCUUGCAGCGGAUUUCAUGUUUCGCAACAAUGUUAAUGCCCCACAACGAGGGAUUAUAAGGCCUCAAAAUGACACUUGCUUUCCAAAUGGUUAAAGUGCACUCGAGAAGUUGCGUUUAGAGUUUGUUCUGCGAAUUAAUAUCGGUAACAACAAAACCAGAGAGCCCAAUUCGACCUAAACUUAUUAAACGGGAAUGCAUAUAUCAAGUGUCGUUGAAUGUAGCGCACAGUACAGCAUGUCCAGUCUAUGAUCUGCAUUACUUGCUUGAAUUGAUCAGGGAACCAUUUCGGCAGCCUUCGUGUGUCUUAACCCGUCUUUAUGUGUGAAGUUAUUCUGUGGUCCUCUGCGCAAAUGGCGUCUUUCCCAGACUCCGACCUGCAAACAUGUCCGCUGUGCAAGGAGCUGUGCGGCUGCUCUGCUCCGAUCUCCUCCAAUUCAUCUACCUCCUCCUCGUCCUCCCAGACCUCCAACUCCUCAUCUACCUCAUCCACCAGGAGACUGCACGUCCUGCCCUGUCUGCACGCCUUCUGCAGGCAGUGCCUGGAGGGCCACCGGAGCCCCGGUGACCCUCUGAAGCUCAGAUGCCCCACAUGCGACCAAAAAGUGUCUUUGUCGGAAUCAGGCGUGGACUCGCUGCCCUCCUCCAACUUUCUCUUCAGCAACCUGCUGGAUGUGGUGGUCUCUGCUGAGGAACAGGGCAAGAACGGUCGGUCUUCAUCGGUGGUCCAUCACGGUGGUCUUCUGAGACCCCAGCAGCUCUCAGACCCUCAGUGCAGCUCGUGUGACGAGGGCAACCCCGCUACCUCCCACUGCCUGGACUGCCAGGAGUACCUGUGCGACAACUGCGUGCGGGCCCACCAGAGGGUCCGACUCACCAAAGACCACUUCAUCGAGGGGCUGCUGGAGAGCUUUCACCUGGCCAACCGCACCAACAACUCCAACACCCCGGUCAACAUCUCCCAGUCCUUCCAUAACAGCUUCUCCAUGCUGAAUGUUUUCCAGGAGAGGAUGGAAUUCUGCCAGCAACAUGAUAACGCGGUGCUGCGUUUUUUCUGCGACAGCUGUGCUGUGCCGAUCUGUAGGGAGUGCAGCUUGGGCAGACAUGCAGGUCACAGUUUCACCUACCUGCAGGAAGCACUGCAGGACUCCAGAGCGCUGACAAUCCAGCUGCUCGCAGACGCACAGCAGGGCAGACAGGCUAUACAGCUGAGCAUCGAGAAAGCCCAAGCCAUUGCUGAACAGGUGGAGCUGAAGGCUAAGGUUGUGCAGUCAGAAGUGAAAACGAUUACUCUACGUCAUAAGAAAGCUCUGGAGGAACGAGAAUGUGAGCUUCUCUGGAAGGUGGAGAAGAUCCGCCAGGUGAAGGCAAAAUCACUUUACCUGCAGGUUGAGAAACUACACCAGAAUCUCACCAAACUGGAUAGUACUAUCGCCACAGUGACGCAGGUUUUAGAAGAAGGCCGUAGCAUAGACGUCCUACUAGCACGCGAGCACAUGUUAAAUCAGCUACAGGAGCUUAAAUCCCUCCGCUGCUUCCUACAGCCCCAAGAAGACGAUCGCAUCAUGUUUACCCCUCCAGACCAGGCUCUUCUGAUUGCCAUCAAGUCCAUGGGCCUCAUCAGCAGUGGAGCCUUCGCCACAGCUUCCAAAGCUCACGGUGAAGGCCUCAAAAGAGCACUGCAAGGAAAGCCAGCUUCCUUUACUGUUGUAGGGUAUGAUCAUGAUGGUGAACCUCGGUUGUCCGGUGGUGACAGCGUCUCAGUUGUGCUUAUGAGUCCGGAUGGUAAUCUGUCCAGUGCAGAUGUUUCUGAUCACCAAGAUGGAACGUACACAGUCAGUUAUCUGCCCAAGAGCGAGGGUGACCAUUUGCUCUCUGUGCUUAUAUGCAAUCAGCACAUUGAGGGAAGUCCCUUCAAAGUGAUGGUCAAGUCCGGUCGAAGUUACGGUGGUGUUGGCUUGCCCAUCGCAACCUUUGGAGGAGAGGGUGAUGGGGAUGGGCAACUGUGUCGGCCUUGGGGCAUUUGCGUGGAUAAGGAGGGCUAUGUGGUGGUCGCUGACCGAAGCAACAACCGUGUGCAGAUCUUCAAGCCUUGUGGCACGUUCCACCACAAGUUUGGCACUUUGGGCUCACGACCGGGCCAGUUUGACCGCCCAGCUGGGGUUGCCUGUGACAGCCAGAGAAGAAUCAUUGUGGCAGAUAAGGACAAUCACCGCAUCCAGAUCUUUACAUUCGAUGGCCAGUUUCUUCUGAAAUUUGGCGAGAAGGGAACCAAAAAUGGGCAGUUCAACUACCCAUGGGAUGUUGCCGUCAACUCUGAGGGAAAGAUCCUGGUUUCGGAUACACGCAACCACCGCGUGCAACUCUUUGGGCCUGACGGGACUUUCCUUAACAAAUACGGAUUCGAAGGUGCCCUCUGGAAACAUUUUGACUCGCCUCGCGGUGUGGCCUUCAAUCAGGAAGGCCACCUCGUCGUGACCGACUUCAACAAUCAUCGGUUGCUUGUCAUCAGGCCCGACUGCCAGUCAGCUCGCUUCCUUGGGUCAGAGGGAACCGGAAAUGGCCAGUUCUUGCGCCCGCAAGGUGUAGCCGUGGACCAGGAGGAUCGUAUUAUCGUGGCUGACUCCCGCAACCAUCGCAUUCAGGUGUUUGAACCCAACGGCAACUUUUUAUGCAAGUUUGGGACUCAAGGAAGUGGCUUUGGCCAAAUGGAUCGCCCCUCUGGUAUAGCGGUUACCCCAGAUGGAAUGAUUGUGGCCGUGGACUUUGGAAACAACCGAAUCCUCGUGUUCUGACCUUUUAUCCUUUGAAAUACAAAACUUGUAGCUGUGGACAAAUGGAAAAGGAGAUUUUGCACAUCUAUCAUGAGCAAAUGCAGCUUGAUCUUAGCGAGGUGACUACAGUUGUGGAUAGUUUUGUACGAUCUCAGUGAUCGUGUAACACCAAAUGCUUGCCGUUACAGCACAGUUUUGACUGCUGCAAGUUGAGAGUGUUUUGCUCUUGGUAUGCGUCUUCAAAUCUUGUUUCGUUUUUUUUUUUUCUUCUUUUUUUCUCAGGGAAUUACUUGCAUUCUUGAAAUAUUUUCUCUCUGCAUCCCACCUACCUCAUCUAGCUUAUGUAUGAAUGUACUCACGUUUGUGCAGAGACGUAGUCCGUGAAGUUUUAUAAAGAAAUGUCUACCUCAGUGUUUUUUUUUUUUUUUUGUUUGUUUUCGUAAAAUGUGAGGACAAAAAACAGAAAAAACAAAAAAACAAAAUGAAGCAAUGUUUGGAUAUUUGCACAGUUCGCACAAUUUUUUUUUCCCUGAUUGUUACUGUGCAAAGAACGCAAGUUAUAUCCCUGAAUGUUUCUCAUAGCGAUGGACAAAAACAGAGCUGCAUGUUUUGGCAGAAACAUUAGGAUAGCAUUUUGAUAUAUCUACUGCUAUGUUUUCUUUGCUUGAAUUUUCGUGUACAUUUUAAAUCAUCUUUAUCUCGUACCUCAUCUAAACCUCUUACCUCAUUUACCGAAUUAUACCUCUGGGUCCAUGAGCCUCAUUACACAUUUACCUCACAUUACGGUCUUUUCCAUUUGAAAAUUAUGCAAGCAGUUACCAAAAAAUUAAUGUUGUAUAACUAAUGAAAGAGACUGCUAAACUUAGCAAAUUAUCUGAAUUUAGUAAUUUAAUAGGAUCAUGAUGUAAUCAGGAGUUUGCAACAAGAGAAAUGCAGCUGCAGAAGAACAAAUCCCAUGAUUAUUUUAAAUGUGUUAUGAUUAAAAAAAAGAGUGAAAUGGAGGAUGUUCUUCAAAGAAGAUCUUCAGAUCUAUUUUAUUUUUGGGGUGGGAAAAAAAUUAAAAAAAUGCAGACACUAAAUGGAAUAUCUAAGUGUAAAAAUGGCCCAGCCCUUAUCUUUUUGUUGCUAUAGUUUUUUGUCUUUUCAUAUGAAUGAUUUAGGAUUUCAGACUUGGGAAACUUUUUAUAGUGUUUUUUUCAAUGUUUGAUGUAUUGUGAGACCAAGUUUGUAAGAGUCUCAUUACAGACAGCUGCAUUAGAUCACAAGUUGUUUUUUGUUGUUCUAUUGAUUAGAGCAUGGCCUACAGUGCUUCCUGUGCCAGUUUAAAGAAAGAUCUCCAGGAAGACCAUUCACUCUGUCAGUGUAACAUCAUUUGAAAACUGAAAACACUUAGAAUCAAUUGAACCCAGUUUGAAAUUGGAUAGUUUGUGCCUGUCUUUAAAGUGUUGUUUGCUUCUGUGUUCAAUUGAUUAAGAGGAAGCAAAGUAUAUUGGGAUAAAGAAAAAAAUAAUAAUAUAUAAAUAUUUAGCACUGGUAUACAGCUGAACAAAAGCACAUGGCUCUCCCAUUAUAGUCUGCCUAAACUUCUUAUGGAAGUUUAUUUAUGAUGACAGGAAAGUAUAUCUCGCCAUUGUUGUCAUACCUCAAAGUUAUCACAAGUUGUUAUAUGAAGUUUGCAAAGAGGCAAUGAGAAUCAUUAACCACUAAAUUCAGAGUUUUUCAUUGUGGCCCUUGUUAAUUUGUACGUUCCUGUUCUUGCAAGCAUCAUGUGCGUGUGUGUUGGAUAUUUCGAAGUGGGUGAACGUGUGCUGGACCGUACAUACAUUGCAGGCCCACUUACAGAACCAACCCUUUAUAACUUUUGAGGAAAAUUUGCAUUAUGCUUUCCGUUUUAAACUUGAGGUAUCAUUUAAUAUCAGAAAUUGUGGGAGAGCUGGAUGACCUAUUGGAAAGCGGUCACAAUGUUUUGCCCCAGUGUUUUCCUGUAGGCUGCCGUUAUCUUGUGUCCUGUCAUAAGUGUUAACGUGCUUGCAUGUAGUUACCUGUGCCUUUCGUGAUGCUAGAUAAAUCGAAAUUGAAUGUCUUUGCCAAAGGGUGACUAUAGGAAAUAGGCAUGUGCCAAAAAUGAUUCUGAAGGUCACCAUUGCAUCGAGCGUUUGUUUUUCAUUUAUAAAGUGAGUCUCUCUUUAGUGUUCUUUUUAUGUAUAUUACCUCAUUAUAAACAUAAUAUUGACUUCAAAUUGUGGAUCAUCAGGCAUAUUUAUGUUGCAAUUUAAAGCGAGAUGUGAAUUAUAUGAUAAUGUUGCUUUUUACAUAUGGUAAGAGUGGAAAGUAGUCAGAUUCACGAAAAUUGAUAGACAUCUGCACAUUAGACCAUAACAGAAGAAUAAAAGGACCAGCGUGGUUAACGGAAGCCCAUUCGAUGGAUGUAAGAAGCUUAUGCAAUAAAGAAAAAGAUUUGCUGCUUCCACCAACACACAUCUUCCCUGUCUUACAGUAUUAAUAUCACAUUUGAUCUGAUUAGAAUUUAGCUGCAAAGUUUUCACGCUGAAUCCCUGCUCUCUUUAAGAGGGAACUUUAAAUGUAUAUUUUUUUGCAUGCUGUAAAGGUCCUUGAAGACAGGUGGAUGUAAAACAUGGAUGUUGGAAAACGAGGGGAGGGAGGUAGAAAACGGACACUUUUAUAAUGUACCGGGGGAAAAAAAAAAGCGAAUAUCAUUUGUUAGGUUGUGGUGAGUGGUUGACUAUAUGAUUGUACUAUUUCUAGAUAGCUUUACAGAGUAAGGUACCUCAUUGGGCUCCAUUCAGAUGCCUUACCACAGCUUCUUAGCUUUAGCUUUUGGAAUCAAAUCAGAACUGGAAAACUGCCAAAGACCUUGUUCAAAUGAAACCUCAGUGUGUGGAUGUAUUUAUAAAUCGAUUUUUCACGUUUGCCCAAAGAUUAAUAUGUUUGGCAUUGACCAUUCUUGUAUUUCAGCACGCUGUCGAUAUCUUAACAUAGAGGCAAAACGCUCGCUGAACACGUCCCUGGACGUUGGCUUUUGUGUGUAACACGAGUUUUUGAGCAGGUGCCCUACAGGACCAAAGAUGGAAAAAUGUUUGAAUCCAGCUCCCACAGUUCCCGAUGAGAACUGAUUUCCAACUGUGUGGUGGUAGCGUUAGAAUUGGCGAAGGAAUCGGGCAGCCAUUUUGUGGGUUGUGAUGAUUGAAGCGAGAUCAGUAAGCCACUAUUUAAAACCCCUUUAGCAGUGAUUAGGACACUAUUAAAAGUGUAAGUUAUACUUUGAGAGAGACGAUUCACUUUUUAGGACUGAUACUGUAUGCCAUCUACAUACUUUCUGCCUCAAUGGACAUGAAAGUCGCUGUUAUCAAACUCAGUCUGUGUCUUUGAAUUUCAGAUCAUUGCAGUUUUUCUUUCUUUUUUUUUCUUUCUUUUUUUGGACCUCUGGUCUCUAAUUGUACGGGUUUUGUCACCAUUUCUGGUGUAUUCCAACUUAUGACUUCUUCCUUACUGGGGAAAAACAGAAAAUGUAAGUUCAGAAUUGUGUGGUCAUAGACCCUUUUAUGAUUGUAUUAUCUUAUGAAAAAAAAAAGAUGUGUAUACACACAUUAAAACAACUCAGGUAGCUUUGUAGAGAUUUGAGAUUUGAUUAAAAUUCAAUAUUUGUUUCCUACAGUUUGAUAGUGAAUCUUUGUUAGUACCUCAUGAGCUUUUUGUGUUGUUUUGAUGGUAAAAAUGCUGUUGUUGAAUUCCAUGGGAUCCUUUUCAACCAUGUCACAGAUAAGUCAAUGAGAGGGUGAACAACUCAUAACCUAAUACCAGCAUGUCUCAAUUUUGUGUUCUUCACACAAUACUAUCUUGAUUUUUAUAACUUUAAACUCCAUGUAACUAAAGGAAUCAUUUACCUCUUUAACUGAUGGAAGGAUAUGCUAUGAUUAAAUGGAUUUGCAUUCAAAGGCUGCUACAAAAUUCAUUGCCUUGAGAUAAGAAAUGCCUUAAAGCUUGAAAAUAAGUUUUCAAGAACUUUGAGGACAACAGUCUGUCUCAGAAUUAGAAAUGUAGUGAAGAUGGACAUUUAGACCCUGUGUCCCUGGCACUGAAAUUUGAUAUGUACAUCAAUGCUUUCUAAAGCUCUAAAGUCACAGUGCUUUUAAGAGGCUUGGCUGUGAGACAGGCUAAGCAAAGAGGUGUGGGGAGAUUCUGCCCAAAGAUCUCACCUGGAAUCAGUUUUGCCUUUUAAAAUAUAACGAUUGGGGUAGAAUCAAAGUAGCAAAUGCUGAUUCCAGGUCAGUUGUCCUCGGGUGGAUGAUAUUGGCUUAGGUGCCCUUUAAGAGGCCCACCACUCUCUCCAUAUCUUUGUUUCAUAACUCAACAUCCCACUAUCUGUCACCCUCUCAACCAAAGCUACAUAAGAGUCAUUUAUUACUCUGAAUAAGGCUGAUGAGACUAUAUGAAAUAUUUGGUGGUCUGCAGUCUUGUUCUUUUGUCUUUGUGGACUUUAAACAUUUCCUAUGCAGUUUUUUUUUUUUUUUUUUUUUUUUAAAUGUUUGGUUGUUUACAAUUAAAUAAAGUUAUACCUCUUUGGAUCCUG